AUGUCAUCAUACAGACAACAUACCUCGGAUGGAGAUAACCCACCUUACAUUUCAGUUUCCUCCCAUGAGUACCAUGGUGGUGAGCAGCCAGGUGACGAGGUUCAAGAAGCUGCCCCAGCGGCUUUUCCUAGAUUCCAAGAACUCCCAGCCGAGCUCCGCACCAUGGUUCUGCAAGAGCGCCUAGACGAAGAACUAAUCCCGCCGAUACAGACCCUCACCAUCAUGGCACACGACAAUGGCCAGGAGCCAGAGCCUCACGUCCUGACGCGCGGCAUCAAGAGCAAAGACCGCGGCCUAUGGCACACGGGCAAUCGUCUCGUGCGCGCCGAGGUCGAGAGGCGCUGCUGUCCGGCGCUUUUGCCCGUGCGCCAGCUGACGGAUCCGGGUUCCCAUCGGUACUUGAUUAACCAAGGCCUCACGCGGUCGACGCCCGAGCGGCACCGUGACAUGGGUCAGCGUCCGAUGCCCCGCGGGACCGUCUUUUACGUCGGGCCCGAGGUGGCCUCGAUGCUCCUGCUACUUUCCGAAGAGCGACCAGUACAUGAUGACGGGAGUACUCUGGGUCAAGUUGAGAACGGACGGCUGCAUUUGGAUUGGCUGGAGAAUCUCCUUUUGGACCACCAUACCUUCCGCGUGCUCCUCCGCCAGGCCGAGAGGACCGGCAAUGACCAACCUUUUCGCUUCGCGCCCAACCUGCGCACGCUCUACCUGGGCUUCGGACGGCGGUGGACCGAGGUGGUCAUGAUCGAGGCCCGCUCGGCUGAGGACACGCUCCUGCCGGUCCGGCUGCUUCAACCUCCCAGCAGCAGUCGAGACGAUGAUGAUGAUGAUGUCGGCGAGCCCACUGGCUUGGUCAUGAUGGCCGUGGGUGGACACGCCGGCCGCGAGCAGGAGAUGCACGGCGGGCUUACGGCCAUGAUCAUGGAUGCGGCUAGGCAGAGUCUUUCUGAUGUGCGGGCGCUCGAGGCGAGUGGCUUGCAGGUGCGUUGGGUUGUGGUACGGGAUGACUGUAUGGUGAGACGCAAGGAGUUUAUUGCUUUGUAUGAUUCCUUGUGA